AACGUCCGAUUUCCGAACCGAAUCUUGCAAACUUUAGUAGAAAAAACAUUCAUCAUUUCUCUAUCUGGUCCGGAAUCCGGAUAUACUCAUCCGAUCGUGAACUAUGCCGGCCUUAACGAUUAGGAUGAUCACGUGGCUCACCUUGAAACGCUAAAUCCCCAAUUUUGUCUGCUCUCAUUCGGCCAUUUCUAUGCUUCUCUCAAUCCUCGCCCAAUCAGUCUGAUAGCAACUUUCCUCUUCCCCUCAAACUUCCUUCUUUCGGCUUUUCGUUUCUUGUACCCACUAUUUAAUACAAAUAUCUCUUCCACUUGCUUCUAUAUUUCGUCUCUGUAUCCAAUUAUUCCAACGAAUAAUGGAAAUUAUGAUGAUUCGAGUCAAACAAAAUUGAUUUUCAAUUAGUGGGUCUCACUUUUUGUCGGCCAGUAAGACCAUAUACCCACCAUUAUAAAGACUCCAUAGGAUGAGCUUUAAAUGAAACUUGGAUUUCAUCGAAGGGUUUCUGAUUUGGUCUAAAUGAAAUUCCAGAUAUCAAAUAAGGAUAGUUUAAGGAGAUUCGGUUAGAGGUUUCUCUGGGGCAUUUCGUCGAAUGGCUGGUAAGAUACCUGGACUCGAAGUCGCUCGUCGGAGGAGGUUCCAUGGGUGGUCUGAUUCUUCGUUUACUAUCAAUUCUGCUCUUGGGUAUACGCGAAGUAGAGUUUCUUACCAUACCCAUCUCACCUCCACUCCUUGCUCGCAUAGAAGCUCAGAUGAAGAUGGGAAGCUAGGAUGUGUAGCAAGAAAAGCCAAACAAAGACUUGAUGGGAAGCUCAGAGGCCACUGGAAAUCUGAAAUAAGCAGCCAAGAAAAGUCAGAAAUUGAGACAAAGCCAAGUAAUUGUAUGGAGGUGGGAGAUAUGCAAAUGGAGAUUUUUGGUUUGAAAAAGAAUGGAUCAAAGAGGUUUAGUUGGGGUAUCUUAGGGUUGAAUUGGAAGUCUUCGGAUCAAAAUGAGUGUGCGGUUUGUUUGGAAAAAUUCAAGUUCAAUGAGAAGUUAACUCGUAUGCCUUGUGCACAUAGGUUUCAUUCCAUGUGUUUGUUACCUUGGUUGAAGAGCAAUGCACAUUGCCCUUGUUGUAGAACAAGUGUUUUGGGUUCGAAUUGAUUUAUUUAGUUGUUUGUAGUUUAUAAUCUAGUUUUUGUAGUAUUAAUCUUGUAACGUUCGUGAGUAAAAUGUAUGUCAUGUUAAUAUUUGCUAUAAAAAGAAUGUGUAAUCUAGAAAAAUUACUUUGGGGCGGUUUUAUAUAAUAUAGUAUAACAAAACGAUAUUUUAUUGUCUA